AUACAGUGAAACCUCUACUAACGGACACCUCCGUUGAGCGGACACCUCUAUUGAACGGACGCAUUUUCAUAGUCCGGAAUUCGGUAAAUGCAAAUCCUUCAUAUGGUACCCUCUCUUGGGCGGACGCUCCCUUGGGCGGACACGGACACCUAUUUUUCGUAUACUAGGUUUCGAAACUCUCCCUUGAACGGACAACCGAAACAUAUGCAACGUAAAUAUUUCAUGAGAGGCUUCACUGCGUACUGUGCAAACUGUGUUCACAUGGUAUCUGUGAUUCACAAAGGGGGAAUCCCCGGUUGCAGAUGAUAAUCAGCAUCGGCUUUCAUGGUCUAGUUCCGUAUAGUUUGAUCUUCCCGAUAGCGUGUCCGAUAUAUUCCGUUGAGAAAGCAGAAAUGUCUACAAAACGUCGAGUAUUGACUCUCGAAGAGAAAAUUAAUGUAGUGAAUAUAUACAAUGAGCAAAAACUUAGUGUGAGAGAAUUGUCUAAACGUUGCAAUAUUGGAAAAACAGCGGCUGCUGAAAUUGUCAAAAAGAGGAGUGAAUUAUUGGAUCAGUGGCGUUCUAAUGACAGUAAGAGUAAAAGGCGAAAUUUUUUAAAACCAACGGGCUCAACUAUUGACAAGUGUUGCUUUGAAUGGUUCAUCAAGGCGAGAAAUAAAGGAAUUCCGUUGUCAGGGCCCAUCAUUCAAUCGAAAGCAAAAGAGAUUGCGAACAAUUUAGCCUAUAAAGACUUCAGUGCAUCCUCUGGUUGGCUGGAAAAAUUCCGUAGAAGGCAUAAUAUCGCUUUUAAAGCCAUAUCAGGGGAAGCUUCAAGUGUAAAUCCAAUAGACGUAGAAAUGUUCUUGAGUAAAUUGCCCAUGUUACUGAAAGAUUAUUCACCGCGAAACAUUUUUAAUGCUGACGAGACAGGGAUAUUUUUCCGCGCCUUGCCAAAUAAGACCCUAACCUUAAAACAUGAAAAAUGCACCGGUGGAAAAUUAUCUAAAGAAAGGCUCACGAUACUUCACUGCGUAAAUUUGGCUGGAGAAAAGGAAAACCUCUUGGUGAUUGGGAAGACUAAAAAGCCCAGAGCUUUCAAGAACAUUAAUGUGAGUGAUUUACCAGUUUUUUGGAGGAGCAAUAAAAAGGCUUGGAUGACAUGUACAAUAAUGGAGGAAUGGUUGAAAAAUUUUGAUAGAAGAAUGGGUAUGGAAAGGAGAAAAAUUUUGUUAUUUUUAGACAACGCGAGUUCUCAUCCGAAAGACAUACGUUUAACAAACAUUCAGAUAAUCAGUAUCAUUAGGAAUUUCAAAACUUUUUAUCGAGCACUAGUUGUGAAAAAAUUGUUGUCUGAAAUUGAAUCAGUUAGCAAGGCUGAAGUUCUUACAAAGAAUAUAAACGUACUCGAUGCUAUUUAUUAUAUCAAAACUGCCUGGCAGAGAGUAACAGAAGAAACUGUUAGGAAUUGUUUUCACAGAGCUGGAUUCAGACAAGAAUCAGUCGAACAGACAACGGAAAAUGAUAUUUUUUCAGCUGAAGAUGACAUCCCUCUAUCUGUUCUACAAGACAUAUGGAGAAAUGCGCGAACGAUGGGCUAUAGAGAUAAUCAAGUCGAAGAUUUUAUCAAUAUUGACACAGAUUUGAUGAUAGAAGAAAUAGAUGAAAACGUUUCUAUCUAUAAUGCUGGCGAAGCAGAUCAGUCUUCCGGUGAAUCGGACGAAGACCCAGUCGAAAAUGAGGGUAUUCCAAAGAAUUAUUCCCAAGCCAAUGGCAUUUUGAAGACGUUGAAAGGGUUCGCCAAGAAUAAAGGAGACUCAAAGGCAGUAGAGAUGCUGUCUGAGCCCUCCCUUACACGGACACCUCCGUUGGGCGGACACUUUUUCACGGUCCCAAUGGUGUCCGCCCAAGAGAGGUUUUACUGUACUAUUCUGAUGGACAAAACGACAUAG